AUGCGAUCUCUAGGGCUGAUCGGCUUUGGCGCCCCGACAAGUUCUUUCGCCCUUGAACCCGCGAUGACGCUGACGGAUCCCCCCAAAUAUUUAUCGCCUAAGCGCAAACGAGAGCCCUCCGAAUCAGACUACUACAGCCCAUCUGCAUCACCGACAUCAACAGUCUCUAUCGCCAGUCUGCAGGAGGCCCGCAUUCGCGAGGAGGCGGAGCCCGGGAGACAUAGCCCUCGAGCAGCGGUGGCGGGACGGUUUAGAGAAUUGGCAAUUCGUGGAGACCGUUUCCCGGACCCAAGAGCCUCAAAUCGCGACUUCCAGCAACCUCCUACCCUACAGGCAGAGCAGGCAACAUGUGCCUCCGACAGUCACGACCGGAGCCCCAACCAUAUGCCUGAGCCAUUGUCAGAUUAUAGCAGCGACCAGCAUGACGUCCAAGGCCACCAUGUGGCGUUUGAGUCGGCACCACAACGUACACCUACACCUACACCGGACAAUGCAUUGGUCACGCCCGCUUCCACGCCCUCAAAAAGGAGGUCAACUCCAUCUCCACGCAAGAAAAGCGACAUCGCAUCACCUUCUAAGGGUCGCAAGCAGCGAUUAUCCCCUCCGCCUACAGCUGUGCUGCUAGAUAAUCCGUUCACAUGGCAUGAUCAUGAAAUCACGGGACACAACCCGACUGAUCCAACCGACGAUGGCUACGGAAUCAACGGCGUCGGUUUCAAGCCAACCGCAGCCAUUGCUUGGGCACGUUCCCAGAAACGACAGCGCCAGGUCGCCGAAUGGAAGUCCCGCGAAGCACGAGAGGCACGAGAGAAGCGACGAGAAAGAAGGAAUGAAGGCUCUAGCCUGGACCGACUUCACAGCAUACACAAAGGCGCCAUUCAGAAACGAGUCAAGUUCGAUGUUCAAGACAGACAAUGA